ACAUCCAGCAUUACUUCCAAAGUUUCAGCGGGAGGCUUCUGUUUUACCAAAGGCCUUCAAUUGUGAGAACUUUGCACAGGAAGAUCUUCUUUGCACCCUUCACUAACUUACCAGACUCACAUCACGCUCCGCUCGUCGGACUUCUACGCGUCAGAAUCCUACCUUGUCAGCUGUCUUACAGGAGAUAAUAGCGAUGGACAGCAUGGCUACUUUUUAUGUUAAUGGAACGGAACAACCUGAAGUUCAAAACACUGACGAGGUUGUCAACGGAGUUGGCCCUGUUCUCCCUCCGAUUCCAAGAUAUGGUCUUCAAUUCCACAUAGUACAUCGCCUGCUCAUUGAGCCGCAUCUUCAAAGAGAAUUCCGCGAUUUAGCAUAUCCAUUCACGACACUCACUUUUGCCACUUCAUUGGACUCAUCGCUCGCCCUGUCCCCCGGAACCCAAACAGCUCUCUCUGGUCCAGAGUCCAAAGCCAUGACUCACUAUCUGCGCUCCCGACAUGACGCCAUUCUCGUGGGUGUGGGCACAGCGAUAGCGGACGACCCGAGUUUAAACUGUCGUUUGGAAGGCGUUGGCGGAUACGGUGGUGAUGGGUUGAUCGGACAGCCUCGUCCCAUCAUCCUGGACCCGAACGCUCGAUGGGACUUCUCUGAAGCCUCAAAGGUCAUGGUUCUCGCGGCUCGGGGGCAAGGAAAGGCACCCUACAUUAUUUGCCUAAAGGAGCCGCCAGAAGACAAACGCGCCAUCUUAGAGAGUGUGGGUGGCAAGUUCAUCCGUCUAAGCUCAGACGCUGCGACCGAGGACGGAAAAGUUGAUUGGCAAGAGAUCCUCUGGACUUUGACUCGUCAAGGAAUUAAGAGUGUCAUGAUAGAGGGAGGUGGAACUAUCAUCAACGAUCUACUGGAAGUAUCGCGCCAACAUCUAGUUGACUCCAUCAUUGUCACGGUAGCCCCCACGUGGCUUGGACAGGGUGGAGUGGUGGUUUCGCCUCCACGAAGGAUCGAUGCCGAUGGGGAUCCCGUACCUGCUCUCAAGCUGAAGGACGUCAAGUGGUUUCAGCUUGGGGAUGACAUGGUCUUAUUGGGGAGGCCGUCAGACAGUGUUCGUGGCGAGAACAAUGUGGAGUGAGUGGUGAUAUCCCCUCUAGUUUUUCUAGCGUUGGCCAGCCCGAACCUGUCGUAAGGCCGAAGGAGCUGAUGUGGUGCUCGUUCGGAAGCGACAUGCUCAGCGGGAAGACAUGCUCACAGUAUCAAUGAAAUAGCCUUGAUAAAUUCACCUUUGAUGGCCACAUCACGUGAC